AUGCAGGCUUUUGUUCCGAAAAAUAGGAGGAUCUUCGCUCAGAUCAUCGAUUUAAACAAUGUACCACUUGUGAGUGGAACGGCGUUCGUUAAAUGGCGUUUGCCGUCGUCUAGUACGGCCGAGCACCAUGGACAUACGGACAAAGCAAUCAUCCUUGAUCAUCGAGCGUACUGGAACUACGAGAAGACCCUGCAGGUCAGGCUUACGAUUGAUCGAAAUCAGACACUCCAUGAAUGCGAACUCGUCCUAGACAUCAUGCAAGAGUUUGGGUCUGGGGGGCACAGCGACAAGAAUUUUUUAGGAAGGAUCAGGCUCAACCUUGCCGAGUAUGUCGACAAGAGCGAUGACGAGGAAGGCAUCGUGAGGAGGUACCUGAUGCAGGAUAGUAAGGUCAACAGCACGCUCAGGGUUGGGAUUGUGAUGCACCAAAUCGAUGGCGAUCGAAAUUUCAUCACGUAUGCUUUGUUAUCACUAAUCAUAAUUAGUCUGGUACUGAUUGCUAGCAGUCCCCCCCUAAGGUCCGCCGCGGUUUUCGCAGGCAUUGCGGGCGUGGUCUCCUCAGAACAAGCUGAUCAUGAUGAACUUGGCCGGCUUCCGUCCAUCAACACCCAGAGUCGAGAGGUUGCUGAUAUGCAGGACAUGUACCGCCGCACUCUUGCUGCUUCAUGGCUGUCUGGCACAGAUGACAUCCCCGCGGAUAAGUUAAUCGAGGACCUCUUUGCCACUGGCUCUUGCGGGAACGACGAACAUCCUGAUGCUCGCUCUCGGAGGACAGCGGAUAAUAAUAACGAGCUUCAUCCUGAUAGGGAUACAGAUACAAGGCAAACCAGAUCAGGGAACCGAUUGUCCCCAAGUUUCGAGAGGCGACCAAAGAGCUCAUCCAGCCAAUUCCUCAACGAAAGCAAAGGGUCUGACUCGUCGGGACACAUCAGGAAAGGUGGCAGUAUUCAAGAGCAGCUUCAGGACAGUGCAAAUGGCAAGACCUGGAAAAGCCGUAGUGAAGUGGAUGAAUUAUCUGAAUUUGAUGUACGAGAGGAUUUGCGGAGCUGGGAGGUUUCUGUAAAGGAAUGA